GGUGGAUAUAUAUACGACAUUCAUCAAUGAUCAUAGAUUCAAUCACCAGCAGUAUUAUUUGGAUACAGUUACUCGUGUACCAGAAAGUUGUUGGAAGGAUGCCACUGUUUCUUAAAAGUAAGGCAGACGACAUAGAACAACAAGUAAAGAAUCUUAUUACAGUGAUUGCUGAAUACAAAGCGGAAAAAACUAAAUAUUUGGAAGAUAACAGAAUUCUAGCAGGGAGGUACUCCAAACUUAAUGACAAAAACAACAUGUUUAUUGACAAAAACAAAAUGCUUGAAAACGAAAAGAGGAAAUUAGUAGAACACAAUUCGGAACUCAGAAACACAAACGACAAUCUAAAGGAAGACUGCAAGAAACUUGAAGGAAACUAUGAACACUUGAUAGAAAUGAAAGACGCAGUAGAGAUUGAAAACCAGAAGCAAAAGGAAAUCAUUCAAGAUCUUUCUAAGAAGGAACAAAAACUUAAUACGGUGUACGAAAAAGAGAUAUCGAAGAACAUACAAUUAGAAGAUGAACGCAUCGAACUUCGGAGAGAAAAUGACGGACAUAUAAAUCGUAUCAAGCAACUAACAAAGAAAGUUUCUGACAUGGAACAAGAAAUCAAAAGUCUUCAAGAAACGAUUAACAUACGCGUAUCUGAAAUCAGUGAAGCAUCUGACCACAUUCAUUUCCUGGAAAAUAAGAUUGAAUGUAAAGAAAACAAUAUUCAAGAAUUGCGGGGAAACAUCAGUAGAUUGACUGAAGAGAAUAAAGUUCUAGAACAAGAAAAACAGGACGCUCUUGGAAGAUUAAGAGAGCAAUUGUCAGUCAAACUUUGGGACAAUAACCCUGACAUUGUACACCUGAGCGACCCGAAUCGUGCGACAAAAUUGGCAGAAAUGUUCGGAGAGUUGUAUGACAACGAAUGGACUAAUGCUUUUAGUGUCCUUGAAGAUGACUUAACAGAGGAACAUGCAAUUACAGUGCUACUUGAUAUCGUGAUGGUAUGUUCGACUAUGAUGUUCAAAACCAUAACAUAUUAUAAG